UAAGCCCGAUCGGAAAAGAUAAAAAUGCACAUAAUAAGGAAAUCGAUGAAAAUGCAAAAGAAAGAAAAAAACAAGAGCUUGAAUGUGAAGCAGAAAAAGAAAACGUGAUAAAGGAAGUAGAACAAAAACCUCAAAAAGCUAAAGCAAAAAAAGUUGAAGAUUUGGAAGUGCCACCUGAUAUAAAAUCUAUGUUUUUAAAAAAACCUUCAUUGAGACAAACUUUUAACGUUCCGCAAGAAUUGGUUGAAAUGCACGUUGCAUUAUUAAAUGCAAUUAUUAGAGAUAAAUGGAUUUCAAAGGGCAAAAACCGACAAAUCGUUCCCCUUAAAGUUGCUGUUAAAAGUAACAUGGAUAAUGAAGAAGAAGAUAGUGAUAGCGAAGACGACACAUAUUCAUCUCGAGAAAUAUUAAAAAAAUUAGAACAAAAAUGGGAUAAAAAACUAAUUUCCCUUAAAGAUGGGCGGAAAGUUAAUAUUGUAGCAAAGACUUCAGCCAUUCAUAGUCAUAUCGAAAAUUGUGUCGAGAAAUUAACAGAACUUAACAAGGAAAAGAAUGGCAUAAUCAAAAAGAAACGGCAAAUUUUAUCUUCCUUCACGGAGAUUUCAAAAGGAAACAUCCCAUCUGAAUCAAUUUCUGAAACCAACACCAAUGAAAUUACAUUGGUUAAUAUAACAGCCAAUGACUUGAUGACUCGAAAACACAAGUUGGAGGAAGAACAAGCCGAAGAGGAAAUUGAAAUAGAAAAACGCAAAUACGCGUUUCCACGAACUACGCCUUUGGGAUAUGACCGUUUCUAUAAUAAAUAUUACUAUUUUGAUUGUAUUGGAGAAGCAGUUGGUGAAAGAUAUGGUGCAGGAAGAAUUUUCGUAGAGAUACCUAGUGCUCAUGAUUUGCAGGCAAUGACUGAAAAAGAAGAACAACGAUUUAGUAAAAGAAGAAAAGUUGAGGACAUCGAUUGUAAUUUAGGCUCCGAUAACCAAGCACA